AUGUCUGAUAACAUCAGCGGUGCGUCUGGCCUCCCAGACAGAGCGGCCCGAAACCUGUCUGAAAGCUCCGAGGGGCAGGCUGGAGCUGAGGUGAGGAGGGAGAACCCAAAUGGCGAAGCGAGCCGGAGCGAGACCAGUAAUGGCGGCAAUGGCGCUCCAGCCAGCACCCAGCAGCAAGGCCCAGGCGGAGAACGGUCAGCCCCACGCCGGGAUCGCACGGUGCAGGCUCCGUUGAGAGACCACGACUACGAUGACAGCCCAUCUCAUUACAACAUCAGGGGCCAAGAGUCUGAUGACGCAGCAGAAGGUGGUGCGCGGUUUCGGGUACGUAGGCCGAACAGUGACAUGCGGCGGUCAGAGGAGGAUGUAGCCCUGGAGGCGUGGGUGGAGUCUGAGGUUUCUCCCCUCCCCCGACCUCGCUGGCGAGUCAUUGCUGCCCUCCGUGAUAGGCAGCUGGGCUCCAGGCCCUGCUUUGUCUCCGAGGCCUGUGGGGCCCGAGCUCUUGUGCAGCGUUUCCAGCUGCACAGUGAGCUGCAAGGCCAUCAUGGUUGCGUCAAUUCGGUGCAGUUUAAUGAGAGCGGCACCUGGCUGUUGAGCGGCAGCGAUGAUCAGAGAGUGAUCAUUUGGGACUGGGUGCACCAGCGGCCCCUACUAAACUUUGAAAGUGGCCUUCGCAGUAAUGUCUAUCAUGCCACGUUUCUCUCCAAUUGUGGCGACUCUGCACUGGCCAUCUGUGGCCGCGAUGGGCAAAUUCGGGUGGUAGAGCUGGGUUCCACCCCAUCCUGCCAAAAUAACAAACGCGUGGCCCAGCACCGUGGAGCGGCUCACAAGAUGGCUCCAGUGCCAUCCUGCCCAUACAGGUUUCUCACGUCUGGUGAAGAUGGCGCUGUCUUUGAUAUCGAUCUCCGGCGUGAGCAGCCUGUUUCCAAAGUGGUCGUGACAAAGGAGAAUGAGAAUAAAGUAGGGCUCUAUACGAUCUCUGUGAAUCCUGCCAAUAUUCACCAGUUUGCAGUGGCCGGGAAAGAUCAGUUUGUUAGAAUCUAUGACCAGAGGAAAAUUGAUGUGACUGUGAAUAAUGGUGUAUUUAAGAAAUUCUGUCCUCAGCACUUGAUCAUGAGUGAUUUGCUACCAAACAUCACCAGCGUGGUGUACAGCCAUGAUGGCAGCGAGCUCCUGGCCAGUUACAACGAUGAAGAUAUUUAUCUCUUCGAUCUUUCCAGCUGCAAUGGAACCCAGUACGUGAGGCGAUACAAAGGUCAUAGAAAUACUGCCUCAGUUAAAGGUGUCAAUUUCUAUGGUCCCAGAAGUCAGUUUAUCCUGAGUGGAAGUGAUUGUGGACAUAUAUUUUUCUGGGAUAAGUCGUCUAGCCAGGUUGUUCAGUGUAUGGAGGGGGACCAGGAAGGUACCAUCAACUGCCUUGAUCCCCACCCUCACCUACCUAUAAUAGCGACCUGUGGUCUAGACUAUGAAGCCAAGAUCUGGGCACCCUCCAGCGCAGAUACCACCGAUCCUGAUUGGAUAAAGUCACUGAUGAAAAGGAAUAAGCAAGAAAGAAAUGAAGAUAGCAAUCAACACACUGGUCUUUUUAACAACAGCACGGUUUGGUUCCUGAUGAGUCACUUGACACCCAGAUAUUUUCGUCUUGGUGGUAAUCGUCAGGGAGAAGUUUAUGGAGCUCAAGUUGGAAGUUCAGAUUCUGAGGAAUCCUCCAGUACAUCUGAUACAUCUGAAGAAGCUCAAGAUCCUACACCAUGCCUGCCAUCUUAA